CUCUGAUGGGGAUGUGUUUGCACUGGUGAUGGUUCUCGUCUCGCUGGUGCUAUCAGCACUCAUGGGACUGGCCGUUGUCGGCCUCGUGGUGUUCACCAUCGUCAAGACGUGGAAGGACAAGAAGUCUGUGAAGUUGGAGACUAUGGUGCCGGGUCAGUUGGACGACGAGUUCGAAAUCGAAGAGAGGCUAAGGGACCUCUCGCCCAACGAGCAAAACUUGUACCGAUCCGGUCAGGAUUACAUUAAACAAUACCCUCCUUUCAACGAGGAACUUUCGCUUUCAACACAUAUGGCCAUACAGGAGAAGGGUGUGCAGGCUUGGGAAUUCAUUCCAGAUCCAAGCUUGCCCAACGAUGCGAUCGUUGUGCAGGACAGAACUGAACUACACUUCACAAGCUUUGAUUACCAGUGCUCCAUCCAGACAAAUCUACCGAUACCGAAGAUCAACGAUGUCUAUUACUAUGAAGUAAAGAUGUACCAGUUGGACUCACCGGAGGAUACGUUGGUGUCGUUGGGCCUCUCUACAAAGCCAUAUCCUUAUUUUAGACUUCCAGGAAGACACCUCUACUCGGUUGCUUAUGACUCUAACGGCACGAGACGUGUGAACAACAGCUUUAAGCUUAGCGAUAACGAGCUCGAUGUGUUCCCAAAGUUGAAAUAUGGCGACGUUAUUGGUGUUGGUUACAGGGUUCGUUCAGGAACGAUCUUCUUCACCAGAAAUGGUAAGAAAGUUAGUGAAAAGUCUCUUGGUGGACACAUCAAGGGAAUGCGUAUGAAUAACAUCUUCCCAACGAUUGGUUCCAAUAACCCUUGUGUUCUCCAUGUGAACUUGGGCCAAGCCGGCUAUGUAUUCAUUGAGGCGAACAUCAAGAAAUGGGGGUAUGGCUCAAGAGAAGGGUCUAGACCCCCUCUACCGGAGUACAACACGAGUAGCCAGGACCUACUCUUGGAAUCUUCCAACGAGGACGAUGAAGAUAUCAUUGAUCCUCCAGACUUCUUUGCAAAUACUGGAUAUGAGAGCUCAUCUACCAGUUUACAGAACUCUGCUAAAGAUAUUAUCACUUUGAACACUUUACCACCUGAUGAGCCUCCCGUGUACGAUGACGAGGAUCCAAAUGCUGUGAUGUCGUUGCAGAGAAUCACGGAACAUAAUCAGUUUUUAAACGACGAUGAUGACCAUGGGUAUGAUGGAGAUCACCCUGAUGAUGUGUAUGAAGAAGAAGACGAUGAUGAUGAUAUACGGCGUACGGUUUACGAGGCCAGAAUCGCCACAGAGCUGAGGGAAACGUCAAUCUCACCGGACGAUUCUGACGUUAAUGUUCAUCUUUAGAUAUGCAAUGGGAAGGAAGUGUGAAAAUUAAACGGUACAACAUACAGCAUGAUAUAUAUUAGAGAAGAGCAAGGAAAUUGCAAGGUAUUUGGUAUUUGGUAUUUGGUAUAACAAUAUUGAGACAUGUGCUUACGUCAACUGUUCCAUGUUUCAUCUGUCUAUUGUUCUUUUCAUUUAUAACCUGUGUCAUGGGCUUGUUGAACUGUAGUGAUAUUCCUCCAGAACCAUCCAAAUGGUCUGUAUAGAUGAAUUGUAAGCACGAGUACCUUAAUAUCAACAAUACAAACCGGUGAUGUGUGUCUCCAUACUGUUCCAGACGGCCCAGCCUUUACAACACAGAAAUAGAGAGUACAUAUACAACUACGGUUACAUAACCAACCCUGA